UGUGGGCGGGACCUCCCGGGACUGGAGUGAAGGGGUCUCUGCUGGACCGUGGAUCCCCGGGGAUCCUGACAGAGUUUGUGAUGCUCAAGCUCGGGGCGUCCUUGAGUAGAGCUUUGCAGAGCCGAAGCUCACUGGGAGAGGAGGAUCCUCCCGCGGCGUCUGAUUGGAGGAAACGCGCUGUAGGAUUCUUUCCGCUUGGAUCAAGUCUAGGGGACCUGGUGGGAGGGGGGAACCGUCGGUGUGUGGGAGUUAUUGCCACGGAAUGCUCAGCCACUCGUGGGAAGUGGAUGGGGAUCGCAGCGGGCGGAAACUGAGCCUCCCAGGACCAGGAUCCCAGCUGAUCCCGGGUGGGGGGGCUGUUCUCAGAGCAGAAUCUACUGGGACAAAGGCCCUAGGGGGCUCGGGCCAUGGGAGAAGUGGGGCUGCUGCAAUCCAGGCUCUCGCGGCAAGUGCCAAGCAGGGUGCGAGUGAUCCUUUGAUUGCGGCGGCGGCGGCUGUGGGAAGACGCCCGCUCCGGAAGGCCGACCUGGGGCGCCCUUUAGCGUCCCAGGUCUCCAGCCCGUGGGCUACCGAGAGCUUCCAGCUACCAUGAAGGGCGGAGCCCCAGGGAAAGGGCUGGCCCUCACUCCCCACUCCCCCGCUCCCCACCUCCCACCCCAGGCUGCAGCCUGGGAUCCCCCAGGGACUCCCCGGAGCCGCCGCUUCCCCAAUGGACUUGCCGGGGGACUCCAGCCCGCCUGGCCAACCACGUCUGUGCCGCCAGCCCCUGACUCGAGCAUUAUGGGGAACCGUAAGCCCGAAACGGCGGAGACUGCAGCCCCCGGUGGCCCCUUCACCCUUGGAAAAGGCCUCGCGGCGGGUCCUGGCCGUGGUACUGGAAGAUGUCAUGGCUGCCCAUAUGGUCCCUCUGGUGCCCCAAGAGACCACUUCCACCCCACUGCACUGCAGCAAACGUUGGGAUUCUGUCCACAACCAGCCGCCUGCCUCACCACCCCAACAGGCCAGGCCUCCGUACCCACUGCACUUAUGCCGAGAGCCCUUGACCCGCAUCCACCGGCCUUCUCCCACCCUGAGGCGUCAAUCAAGGACAACCCCUGGCCCAGAGGAAGGCCCUUCACAAGAGGUGGACCGGCCCCCCCAGCCCACUCUGGUGGUGAUGUUAGAAGACAUUGUCAGUCCCAGACCCCCACCUGAGGACUUGGAGGACGAGAAUCCCAACUUCAUCAUCCCAGCGAGAAGAACUGAGUCCAUGAUGAUGAUUCACCAGACAAUGCCUUCACCCAGGGACUUGGAACCCCCAUUCCAGCCAUCUGCCCUACCUGCAGACCCUCUGGAGAACCCUUCACCAGCUCCAGAUCCGGUUCUGGAACCCCCAUCGACCCCACCACCGUCCAGCCUUUUACGCCCCCGCCUCAGUCCCUGGGGCUUGGCCCCCCUCUUCCGUUCUGUCCGCUCCAAAUUAGAGAGCUUUGCUGACAUCUUCCUCACACCCAUCAAAGCCCCACAGCCCCCUCCCCCAUCACCCCCCAUGAAGUUGGAAUUGAAGAUUGCCAUCUCAGAGGCUGAGCAGUCCAGGGCUGCUGAGGGUACUGCAUUUGUCAGUCCCCGCCCCCCUAUCCGCCAGUGGAGAGCCCAAGACAACAAUCCCCCAGCAUCUCUCCCUAAACCACCUCUGGGCCGAAGCUACUCCUGCCCUGACCUAGGGCCUCCUGGCUCAGAUACCUGCAGCUGGCCCCCUGCUCCACACCACCCAAGCAGGCCACGGCCUCGACGGCACACUGUGGGUGGUGGGGAGAUGGCUGGAGCCCCGCCACCCCCUCGACCCUGUCUCCGGAAAGAGGUCUUCCCUCUUGGAGGAGUGGGAGGCUCUCCUCCCCUCGUCACAUCUUGUCCGUCCACCGCAUCCACUUCCUCCUUCUCUGAACCUGCAGAACCCAGGUUGGGCUCAACCAAGGGGAAGGAGCCACGGGCCACAGAGGACCAAGUGCUUUCAGACCCUGAGACCAAGGUUGAACAAGAAGGAGUUCAGCUUGGAAGAAAUUUACACCAACAAGAAUUACCAGUCGCCUACAACCAGGAGGACAUUUGAGACCAUCUUCGAGGAACCCCGGGAGCGCAACGGGACUCUGAUUUUGACCAGCUCAAGGAAGCUGCGGCGGGCUAUG